AUGUCGAGUGGUCGGCUCCUCGUUAAGCAGACCUUCGUGGUAUUUACCAUAUGUCUGGUCUGGCUCUCUGUCCCCGCCAACGGCCAUAUUCAUCAAAGGACCCCGGGAGGAGUCCAUCUGCGUACAUUAAAGCGAGGAGGGAUCAAUACCAACCAGUCUGAUGGAUCGAGUAUAUGGCAGCCUAGACCCGGUGUCAAAUGGCAAAUCCAGUUAGAGAACGCUGUCGAAGACACUUCUAUCAAUGCCGAGGUUUAUGACAUUGAUCUAUUUGACAAUUCAGCGGAAACCAUAUCUGCGAUUCAUAAACAUGGCACUAAGGUGAUUUGCUAUUUCUCGGCAGGCACAUAUGAAGAAUGGCGCUCCGAUGCGGACCAAUUUUCUUCUUCCGACUUUGGUAGUAGCCUUGAUGAUUGGCCAGGGGAACGAUGGCUUGAUAUCAAUUCAAGCAACGUACGUCGCAUUCUAUCGGCCCGUCUUGACAUGGCGCAGAAGAAAGGUUGCGACGGCGUUGAUCCGGAUAAUAUCGAUGGGUAUGACAACGAAAAUGGUCUGGGUCUAACAACGAAUGACUCAAUCAAUUUAUUGAAGUAUCUUGCAAAUCAGGCGCAUUCACGGGGCAUGUCAAUCGGUCUGAAGAACGGAGGUGACAUUAUUAGCGAUGUCAUCGACAACAUGCAAUGGUCAGUCAACGAGCAAUGUGCUCAAUACAACGAGUGCGAUACAUAUGCUGCGUUCACAUCUGUGAAUAAACCAGUUUUUCACAUUGAGUAUUCUGGUGAGGAUGUUGGUAGCCAAAGGAAACUGAAAAUUCGCGUUACGGAGGAGAAGAAGUCGGACGCUUGUCAUGCGGAGGGUGCCGAAAAGUUCUCCACAGUCAUUAAAAACAUGAACCUCAGUGCUUGGGUGGAAUAUUGCUAG